AUGCAAAAAAUGGAUACAGAGGAUCAAGGUUCAAUGCCUUCCACCCCUGUAACCCCAAGCACUCCAGGGGCUCCCCUCUUUGGAGGCUUUGGGGAUAGACCUCAAAAGAAGUCUCUUCUCAGCAGGGGCUCUAACUGUUUUGCUGUCGACACUUGGCCUAGCGAAGAAGGCGGCUUGCCUGCCGUUACCUGCAGCAUUACAAUGCCCCCUCCUCCUGUCCCUCUUACCAAGAAGGUUGUGGCAGAGUUCAUCGGCACCCUUAUUCUUGUUUGUGCCGGAGCAGCCACUGCUAUUGUAAAUCAGAAAACACAAGGAUCAGAGACGCUUAUUGGCCUUGCUGCCUCCAGUGGCCUUGCAGUCAUGAUCAUCAUCCUCUCCACUGGCCACAUCUCUGGUGCCCAUCUCAAUCCAUCUAUCACCAUUGCCUUUGCAGCUCUGAGACAUUUUCCAUGGACCCAAGUGCCAAUAUACAUAGGAGCACAAAUGUUAGCAUCUCUGUGUGCUGCAUUCAUUCUCAAGGGGGUUUUUCACCCCAUUAUAGAUGGAGGAAUAACUAUUCCUUCAGUAAAUUACAGUCAAGCCUUUGCACUCGAGUUCAUCAUCGCCUUCAACCUCAUGUUUGUCGUCACUGCGGUAGCAACCGACACAAGAGCGGUGGGAGAACUGGCUGGAAUUGCAGUAGGCGCCACUGUCAUGCUUAACAUACUCAUUGCAGGGCCUACCACAGGAGGUUCAAUGAACCCAGUCAGGACAUUGGGUCCAGCCAUAGCAGCAAAUAAUUAUAAAGGUAUAUGGAUCUAUUUUACUGCCCCUUUCCUUGGUGCACUAUGCGGCGCAGGUGUCUAUUCCGCAAUAAAGCUGCCAGAAGAAGAUGAAGAUGCUCUUAAGCAGCCCUCAGCAGCCGCAAGCUUCAGGAGAUGAUUACAUAAUAGAAGAUGGUGCUUUAUAUGAAACAAAUUUACAUUUUGCAUCUUAUUGUGUGCAUUGCAGAUUGUAUAAAUGCAAGCAAAAAAAGAGUGGAAGUCAUGUCCCAUGGGAAAUGCAAAUUUAGCUUUCUUCUGCUCA